CCGACUCCUUUCAAGACGGAGACGGUCGUGACGACUUCAAUCUUUUUUAUUUUUAUUUUUAUUUUUUUUUUCGCGCCUUUGGCCUUUUGCCCGCGGAGUCCGGAAGCGCAAAGCGUGUCGCGAACAGGUCUGCAUUGUGACCUGUUCGCUUCUUGUAUUUCUUAUUUUCAUCCGUGCUUUCCGUUUCGUGCAGACGACAGCCAGAGAACCGGAUCUUCUAGAAUACCGGGGUUUAAGGGCCAUCGCCCCCCUCCCCCGCUUUUUCUUAACUCCUUUGUCGUCGUCUUUUUUUUUAUACAAACCCCGGAACGGUUUUUUGGAACGACGCCGGAGGCCCAGGGAAGGCCAGAUGGCAGGGAUGCGGCAGAUCAUCGCUCAGCAUCGCAACGUCUUCACUCCGUCGCUGUACGCGCGCUUGCGCACCGUCUGGUUCGGCGACUUGCCCUGGGGCGCGAGGCUGGCGGACCAGGCGUGCGUGGAACGCUGGUUCACCGCCGGGCCGGAGGCGAAGGCCAGGUUCGACAAGCUGUGCGACGACGAGUUCGGCGCGGCCGUGCGAGCGCUCUCGCCGGCCAACUACCCCGUCAAAGGACUGUCGGACGCGGACAUCGCGGCGCCGUUUGUGGAGGAGAUCUACGGGCCCGGCGGCGUCGACGAGGUCGGCCGUGUCAAGACGGCACUGAGCAUGAUGAUCUUGCUUGAUCAGAUCCCGAGGAACCUGUACCGUUCCAAGGAGACGCUCAGGAUAGUGUACGAACACUACGACAGAAUCGCGCUCUCGCUCGCGCGACACGUCUCGACCGCGACGCCGAGGCUGGACUUGCACCCCAGUAUCCGUCUGUCGCAGCCCUUCAGGCAGUGGUUUUAUCUCCCGCUCAUGCACUCUGAGGACCUGGAGGACCACCGCCUCUUCAGUCGCAUCUUGGAGGGGCUCGCAGAAGAGGGGAGAGACGAUCCGGACGUUGUCAAAUCCGUAGAGGACAGCAUCAAGUUCGAAAAGCUACACGUAGCCAUCCUGGAGCGAUUUGGGAGGUACCCUCACCGCAACGCUUGCCUGGGGCGAGAUUUUACGGACGAAGAACGGAAGUGGCUGGACGAGGGAGGUCAGCGAUUUGGCGUAGCAAGUUGAUAAGUUCGACACUGUGAAUGGGGAAGGCGGAGGGGGAAAACGUAGGCUACUACAGGAGGUAAAGCUGUUUUCUGUAGGGCACAGAGAUGCUUCUGCAGCACGUCAAUUCAUCUGGCAAUGCCGUGGAUAGUGUUCUUCCAAGCGCGAAAGCAAUAUAGCACCCGUUCUUCGUCGAUGUGAGGUUUGAAAAAACCAAGAGAAUCACAUGACUUGAGGCUCAUGCAGGUGAGCAAGCCAGAUCACACCGCAUGUGAGGUGACGAAGAACGCGAUCCCCUACGCUUGUCUCGCCGUUUCCACCCCUCGCAAGCCUCGCAAGGGCAGCAUUUUACUUUCCACGUCAGCCUUGUGACGAAAUCAUGACCGCCUUCGGCGCCUCAUCUUCACGUGUGUGGUUGAGCAAAGAGAAGAGGAAGCGAGCAGCGUUGGCCGUCACCUGCAUGGCCUGGUGGGACUUCCCUUCCAAUAAAAAAACCACGCAAUUAUGCGCUCAACUAUUCCAG